AUGUGUCAGCAGGCCCUGCAACAACAACCUCGUCCGGGAUCAUGGGCUCCACUACCAGGUCCUCCCGCAGGUCCACUUUUAGCUUCAACUCCGGCUCCGGCUCCGGCCGCGGCUCCAAUCCCAGUCCAAGAGGGCAAUGUCCCGCGAAAAAGGCCACUCCAGCCGUUAGAGAAAACUACCCAUACUCCACGUGCCAUCCAGCCCAGACCACCUCUCAGUGCGGGACAGUUCAACAAUGAAAGUGGCUCACCAGGUCCCAUGUCUCCUGGAUGGGAAGGCGUGCCGGGAAAAGGCGGAGAGCCUCCACGGAAACGAGGCCGACCAAGUAAAGCCGAAGCAGAACGACGAAAGGCUGAGGCUGAGGCACGAGGUGAAGAAUACCCUCCCCGACGGAGAUCAAGCAAUAUUAAGAUGAAGAAUUCAUCCACGCCAUCUGGUGCUGCGAGUGCCACCAGUGAGGGCUCUCUGUUGUCUCCAAGAGCGACAGUUCAAACUCCAGAAGUGCAGAAACUAGAGCUUCCUUCGGAAGGCUCAAGCGGAAAAGAUACAGGGCAAAUGGACACGAGCGUACGGCGUACUAGUGAAUCCUCGGUGACAGGAGAGAUGGACCCAGUACGAGGCAUAAUACUCUCGCAAGCAAAUCAGGAGAGAAGGUUGCCACCACCACAUGAGAUACAAAGCAGGCAGGGAGAUUUCAUUUUGCGAACGUCGCCCCGUGAAUCUUUUUUCCCCCCUCGAACUCUUGAGGCGCCUUUGGGUGGCUCUCCCAGUUCGGGCCAAGAGGGUGGUAUGAUCCGCUCAGCAGCAGAUCAGCCAUCCAUGACACAAGCCGAAAGAGCACCCGCUAUGAUCGCCAGUGGAUCUACGAUCCAGUCAAUAUCUCGCCCUGGAGAAACGAAGGAGACAUGA